CACGUUGUGAACGAUGUUGUUCCGCCUCGCGACCUUGGCGGCGGUCGCUCUCGCGGCCGACAACAUUGCGUCGAUCGACGUGACGCUGCCCGUCAACACCAACCAAGUGCACUACGACACCCCCGCGUGCAAGGUGGUGCUCAUGGACAAUUAUGUCUUUGGCCAUUCGUACGGGAAGCCGUACCAAGGCGCGUUCCCGAUCCCCGCGUGUGCGUCCGACCCGGCCAACUCGUUCGUGUAUCUGCGCUGGUCGGCAUCGGUGCCUGCCGGUCGGCAAUUUGACCGCAUCGCUGCCGUGUGGGCCAACGGCUUUGAGCUCCUCCGCACGACGACGCAGGAGCCAAGCCGCAAGACAGGUGCGACGUGGGAGGUGCUCAAAGACGUCUCACACUACAAGGACGUCUUGGCGGCGGGCGGCAACGUCGUCGUUGCUCUUGAUAACGUCGUCGACCAGACGUACACGAGUAGCUUCACCGUGAGUGUGACGGCCGAGUUUUACAAGCCCAAGGACGCCUGCGGCAGCGACAUUCGAUCGGCGCCGCUGCAGCCUGACAGUGUGCUGAGCAUUUCCAACAAGAACGGGGCGUACGGCUGGUUCCAAGUGCAGCCGUCGACACCCAGCGGCGGCCUCGCUACGCUUCCGCGCAACCUCGAUCAGCUUUUCCUUGAAGUCUUUACGAGCCACCACGGGUGCGACGAGUUUUACUACACCAACCCGCCCAACGAGUACAAGGAGCCGCUCCAGACCAACUGCGGCAACGGAGCGUUCCGUGAGUUUCAAGUGCUCGUUGACGGCAAGCUUGUGAGCACCUUCUGGCCGUUCCCGCUCAUUUACACGGGCGGUAUCUCGCCGUACAUGUGGCGCCCGGUCGUUGCGACCGGCGCGUUUGAAGCACCGACGUACCUCGUGGACUUGACGCCCUUCCUUGGCAUUUUUGUCGACGGGAAGGCCCACAAUGUGAGCUUUAGCGUCGGGCACGGCCUCGACUACUGGCCGACGUCUGGCAACCUCCUCGUGUACCUCGACAAGGCUGGUAACCAGACGCAGGCAGUCGUGCAGAGCCAAAUGAUUCCGGCCGCGGUCGUGCCCAAGGUCGUCGCCGAUGUCCACGGUCUCGACAUGACGAUCAAGACGACGGCGACGCGUCAGAACGCCAUUUCGACUCGCAUCACCACGUCGCGCGGCACCAAAUUGUACUCGGUCGAAUCCGCUUACACCUUUUACAACGACCAAGUGUACACCAACAACGCGUCGACGCAGUGGUUUGACCAACGUACGACCGUGACGACGACGACGACGAUCACGUCAUCGGGGGCGCCAGCGUUCAAGCGCGUCACGAAAGAGGAGUACCCGUUUACUGGCAACACGACGUACGUGACGUACUCGACCGAAGGUGCUUCGCUGCACGCCCCGGUCUUACCGGCCGUGCGGCGCAAUAACCACCCAGAAGCUCUCGCCGCCGACGGGUUCCGGCUCAACACGACGAUCGAUCACGCGUUCAUCAAGGCGACGACGUCGACCGGCGACGCCUCGGCCUUCCGCCUCGGCCUCUCGGAUGCGACGGUCGCGAUUCGCCAGCAAGCCGAUGCGUACAUGGACUCGCUCGUCGGCGGUUCGGGCAACCAUGUCGCGUACCUCGCGGCGUCCAACGCCACGGGCUGCUACUCGCAUGACGUCGCUGCCUCGGUCGUGGGCGGCUACCUCAAGGACGUUCAGGGCACGUCGUGUCCUGCCCUGUAGGCUCGUACCAAGGACACGAAAUGGAUGUAUGCGCCCUUGCUAGUCAAUGCAUCACUGGUUUUGAAUAAAUAUGCUGCCGAUAAGGUGGAGCAUUUCGACGGCCGUGAGGUUUUC